AUGUCCCACUCAUCAUUAUCUUGGUUAUCAAAUUUAAAUGUCGAACAAACUCCUCAUAAAUAUUUAAGAAGAUCUUCAAUUAUUGGUACUAUUGGACCAAAAACUAAUAAUGUUGAUGUUUUAGUUAAAUUAAGAAAAGCUGGUUUAAAUAUUGUUAGAAUGAAUUUUUCUCAUGGUUCUUAUGAGUAUCAUCAAAGCGUCAUUGAUAAUGCGAGAAAAUCAGAAGAAUUAUAUAAAGGUAGACCUUUAGCAAUUGCUUUAGAUACAAAAGGUCCAGAAAUUAGAACAGGUACUACUAUUGAUAAUAAAGAUUUUCCAAUUCCAUCAAAUCAUGAAAUGAUUUUUACAACUGAUGAUCAAUAUAAAUUAAAAUGUGAUGAUAAAAUCAUGUAUAUUGAUUAUAAAAAUAUUACAAAAGUUAUUGAAGCUGGUAAAAUUAUUUAUGUUGAUGAUGGUGUUUUAUCAUUUGAAGUUUUAAGUGUUGACGAUGAUUCAACUUUAAAAGUUAAAUCAAUAAAUGCUGGUAAAAUUUGUUCUCAUAAAGGUGUUAAUUUACCAGGUACCGAUGUUGAUUUACCUGCUUUAUCAGAAAAAGAUAUUUCUGAUAUUAAAUUUGGUGUUAAAAAUAAUGUUCAUAUGAUUUUUGCAUCUUUCAUUAGAAGUGGUGAUGAUAUUAAACAUAUUAGAAGAGUUUUAGGUGAAGAAGGUAAAGAUAUUCAAAUUAUUGCAAAAAUUGAAAAUCAACAAGGUGUUAAUAAUUUUGAUGAAAUUUUGGUAGAAACUGAUGGUGUUAUGGUUGCAAGAGGUGAUUUAGGUAUUGAAAUUCCUGCUCCACAAGUUUUUGUUGUUCAAAAACAAUUAAUUGCAAAAUGUAAUUUGGCUGCAAAACCUGUUAUAUGUGCUACUCAAAUGUUAGAAUCAAUGACUUAUAAUCCAAGACCAACAAGAGCUGAAGUUUCCGAUGUUGGUAAUGCUAUUUUAGAUGGUGCUGAUUGUGUUAUGUUAUCUGGUGAAACUGCAAAAGGUGAUUAUCCAUUUGAAGCUGUUUCAAUGAUGCAUAAUACUUGUUUAAUUGCUGAAAAAGCAAUUGCUUAUCCACAAUUAUUUAAUGAAUUAAGAUCAUUAGCUAAAAAACCAACUCCAACAAGUGAAACUUGCGCAGUAGCUGCUGUUUCUGCAUCAUAUGAACAAGAUGCAAAAGCAAUUGUUGUUUUAUCGACUUCUGGAUUAUCUGCAAGAUUAGUUUCAAAAUAUAAACCUGAUGUUCCAAUUUUAAUGGUUACAAGAAAUGAAAGAGCUGCUAAAUAUUCUCAUUUAUAUAGAGGGGUUUAUCCAUUUGUAUAUACCAAAGAAAAAGUUGCAAAUUGGCAAGAAGAUGUUGAAAAUAGAUUAAGAUGGGCAGUUUCAGAAGCAAUUGAAUUAGGAAUUAUUUCAAAAGGUGAUUCAAUUGUUACUGUACAAGGAUGGACAAGAGGUUCAGGUCAUUCAAAUACUGUUAGAAUUGUGCAAGCAUAA